CGCAACUGGUGGUGAGAGAGUCAACUCGCGAAUUGCACGACGAUGGCCGACCAUGACUCGACGACCGCGACGGACUUGGUGUCCUAUGUGAAUGCUAUCCUGAAGGAAACCUCAACGGAUGCUACGUCCCUCUCUGUCAAAGAUGCUGCUGCCCUUGUGGUCUCCAAGGCCGCGACGGUCCUCGCCGUGGAGGGUCACAACACUGACGUAGAAGGGCUGUUCAAACUGCUCGUAAAGGCCACGGGCACCACGCACGCCGAUGCGUUGGUCAAGGUCGUCACCGCCAACCACACCAAUGCCAUCUUGAAGCUCCGCAUCCUCGCGGAUCUGUUCAACGCCACGCCGGCUGCGAACGCUGCGUUGCGCUUCCAAGUCUUGCUCGCGACCAUCCAAUAUGCUGGCGCGACCCAAAACCUCUCGCUUGUCCGCAGCUACGUUGACAACAUUGAUGCGUUGGUCGUGGGGGUGUCGGCAGACAACUUGAAGACGCUCUACUUGACCAUCGCAGAUCUCUUGGAGAAGAACGAAAAGGAUGUUCAUGCCGCCCUACGUUUCCUGGAAAAGUACUUGACCUUGGUGGAGGCAGCAGACGCCGCCAAGGCCAAGGCCGUAGCCGUGCGCGCCGCGGUGUUGGUGAUCAAAUCGCCCAUCGACAGCUUUGUGGCCCAUGUGGAUUUGAUUCACUUGCCUGCCGUGCAAGCGCUUAAGGGCGUGGACAAGGUGUUUGAUCUGUUGGAUAUCUUCUCUUCCAAGACCCUCACCGAGUACUUGGCGUUUGAAAAGUCGUCGGCGUCCGUCCUGAAAGAGCACGGCAUCGACGCCGAGGCCGCCGCCGCCAACAUGCGCCUCCUGACGCUAUGUGCGUACCCCACGGGCCACGACGACAUUUCGUUUGACGACAUCAUCGCCAAACUGCAAGUUGCAGAAACGGACGUGGAAACGUGGGUCGUACGAGCCAUCACGGCCAACUUGAUCCAGGCCAAAAUCAACCAACUCGGGCGCAGCGUGGUCAUUUCGCGCAGCUUGCAGCGGGGGUUCGCCCUGUCCGACUGGACACACCUGCACGCGACGCUCUUGCGGUACAAGACCAACGUCGGCGCCCUCCUCGACAUGAUUCGCCAAGCCCAAACGGCAACGCACAAAAAAUAAUAUGCUUAGACACACCCAAAUAAAUAUACAUUAUGUUUGGUGC